AUGGGCAACAGGCCAACCACCUCGCUCUCUGAGCGUCAUAGCAACGCUGAAUUAUCCCACCGGAAGCAUGGGGACAGCAAGCAUGCGAGCACUAGCGUGUCGCAUCUCAAACAGGUCAAUUACCUGGACACCGAAUCUGGUACUUACCGUCGCGCCGAGCGCGUAUUGACACCUCCGGCAAUGCAAGACAUCGGCCUGGUCCACGGACGUAGCAACCUUCGAAACAUGGUCAUGGUCUGA